UCCGGUUCACCGGUUCAGCUGUCUGCAAAUUACCGUCGUGACAGACGAAAUUCGCCCUGUGGUGCUGGGAAUUUGAUCGCUGAGAAAUGUCGUUGUGUUGGUCAGUGCUACGAGUGUCGUCAAGGUGCUGUCCAAAGCUGUCUGGCGGCCGUGAGUGGUCACUUUCUAUGCCCGCUCUACUGCCCCACUGUACUGGCACUGGAAUAUUUCUUCAGACACCGAAACAUUACCAAUACCAAUGUACACGACAAACAUCAAAUGUUCCCCAUCGCGAGUUAGAAAUCAAGGAGUUUACAGUGAACCCCUUCGGUACAUUGUCAGUCUGCAGUCCAUAUGACGUCACCAUUUCAUCCAUCGACCCACUCGACUACCCAGACGGGAACAGAUCAUUUGUGAUCGUAAACAAGAAAUCCGACAUGAUGGAGUCUCGUUCACAUCAAUACAAGUUGGGCGUGAAACAUGAUGAAACUCGUGGCAUCACAGUGUAUUGUGACCACAAUGUCACGGACGUUCACGAUAGUAAUCAUGAUGUACAACUUGUAAUACGAGUGCCAGUAAAAUAUGAUAUUAAUGCCAGUAUGAUGAAAAAGGGGAAUAUUACUAUUCACAAUAUGGAAAAUGAAAAAUGUCAAAUUACGACAGAAAAUGGUAACUGCAGUUUAACAAACAUAAAAUGUACUGAUUUGGAUGUCAGAAGCUCACAUGGAGACUUUCUUAAUACAAAAACUUUACAAGCUAAUGGUGAAAUAUGUUUACAAGGAUCGGGGUGUUUUGAUGCAGAGAAACUCUAUGGCAUGAAUAUGAAGGCUGCGACCGAACAAGGUUCGAUAUCAGUCAAAGCAGUCUACCAUAACAAAUCAGAAUUCACAAGUAACAAUGGUAAUAUUAGACUUGGUAACUUACAUGGAUCUUCAAAUGUAUCAAGUUGUCAUGGAAACAUCACCAUUGACACACUUGAUGGUGAUAUGACAGCAUCUACCAUAAACGGUAAUAUUGAUGUACAUAUAACAAGACAUGGUCAAGUCAGCCUGGCAAAUAAAAAUGGCAAUAUUUUGGUGAAACUAAGUGAAUCUGCAAAUACUGAACUAGAUCUUCAAGCUAAAGAGAUUAAUAUUGACAAUAAAUUGAAUGUUUUAAAGACAAAAGAAGACAAUGAUGCAAAAAUUAAAUUGUUAAAAGGAUCAAUUGGCCAUAGUGAUGGACAGUUAUUAAAAGUGACGUCAGAAGGUGUGCUGGACAUCAAGUGCCAAUCGUGGUUUGAAUCAUUGAAUCUAACAAAGUCGUGA